CCUGAAUACAAAAUAGAUUACUGUACUUGCAGUGGAACGACAAGGAGAUUUUUUAAUACUACAGACCCCUUCCCUUUAGUUGUGCAGAGAAAUAAUAGGAGUGCGACACGAGAAAGAACCGGAUAACUUGUGUCACAGUGCCUCUGAUUUUGUGGGUGCGUGUACCGUUUUGCUUUUAAUAGACUUACUCUCAAUUGAAAAUACAUUCCCAGUUGUUUUGUUUUGUUUGUUUUUUUAAGCGUCAGACCCACCGUCAGUGGAUGAUUGAGUAUGGUGGAGAGUCGGACCCAUGUCCAGAGGGAAGGAGUGUACCGCUGGUUCUCUUCCCUCACCUCUGCCCAGAGAGCCGAGUUCCUGUGUGGCCUGCUGGACCUCUGCGUCCCCAUCGAGCUUCGCUUCCUCGGCUCCUGCCUGGAGGACUUGGCGCGUAAGGACUACCAUUCGUUGCGGGAUGCUGAGAUCAAGGCUAACAACCCCACCGAUUUAUCCGGACUCACCAACAUCACAGACGAGGUGGUGCGGAGUAAGCUGCUGGUGUCCCUUGCCCUGCUCGGGUCGGACAACCGGGAGGCGGCGGGAGUCCUGUACCAAACGUUGACGCAUAUAGACACGGUGAUUAACAAUUAUGGCUUGGCCUUAAACGACGGAAGGACCGAGGAUCAGUUUCUGUUGCUUUUCACCAUGGCAUCCAAUCACCCGGCUUUCAGCUUCCACCAGAAACGGGUUCUGAGGCAGCAACUCGGCCAGAUACAGGACGUCCUGCAGAACCAAACCAGAGAGGCUAGUACAGCCCCUGCACUUGGAUCAGAGGUAAAAAUUGGGAGAGGAGCUCAAGCGGCCAGCCAGGAAGCCAAUGCUCCACACCUCGACCUCGCACCUCCUCCUCACCUUGCUCCUCCUCCAACUGCUGUGCAGGGCCACGAUGCUGCGGCACCACCUACUAGUCACCAGGGGAAAAGAGGAACAGUGGCAAUUGAGAGAGUUGCAUUGCGAGGAGCGACGCAUAAGUUUGAAGACAAAAGCGAUUAUAUGUUUGAGGCCAUCUGGACUGAUGGAUUUGUUUCAUCAGUGGUCCGAAGUCAACAGGAGGUGAGCGAGCUACUUUCACAGUUGUCACAGGCAUUCCCCGAUGAGCGAAUGGAGAAGAUCUUGCCUCAAUGUAGUGAGUCAGAUGCCAGAUGCCUGACAGCGUUGCCCAGCCAUGUGCUCCAGCACCGCAGCGUCCAACUCUUCUUCACCUCCAGCAGGCCUCUCACACCCAGCUAUCUGCCUCCUCUCUCUUCCUCCCUCCACAAAAUGCCUUCGUCACCUCUCACGGCUCCUGUCAUUCCAACCUGCCCAUUCACUUCCAACUAUUCAAGCUCAGCCGGCUGUAUGAUGCAGUACCGAGGAGCCAGCAGGGCGAUGUACCGAGUGGCCAGCGUCCAGCCUGUUGUCAGCACCCACAAUUCUGCCCUGACCUGCUCCUCCCCUCACCUCUCGUCUCUCCCUCCCUCACAUCCUUCUCCGCAACACUCCCCCCAACUGUCCUCCCUCCCUCCCACGAUGCCAGCUUUGCCCACACCCGGCUUCCAUGCUGGCAGAGGCGAUGCUUCCUCCCAGCCGCACCCCCAAAGCAAACCGUGUCCUUUACUUCAUCCGCACACGUAUUCUGAACCUCAGCAGUUCUCAUUUCACCCACUACAGUUACAGACCCAACCUCAACAUUCGCCCCAUUCUCAGUCUCUUUCGUACUCGCUCUCGCAGUCCCGUUCCCAGCCGCACGCGCAGCCUUCACCACAGUCCCAGGCGAACACGCCAGAGCAGAACGGCAUCUUGGACUGGCUGCGCAAGCUUCGCCUACAUAAAUAUUACCCGGUGUUCAAACAACUGACAAUGGAAGAGUUUUUAGCACUGACAGAAGAUGACUUAAACAAGUACGACUUAACCCAGGGAGCAAAGAAGAAACUCAAGACUCAGCUGGAGUUACAGAAGUCAGCAGACAGGGAGAUGAAGAUGGAGAAACGGACCAGUAGUGGUAUCGCUAGAGUGACGCCUUCCAGUCACGUUGGACCUUCCACCCACGCCACCACUGCAGAGUUGCAUGUGGAGGUGGACAGUGUGCCGCAUCACCAUCCCGUCCUGACAGACAGCAGCUCGUCCUCAGGCUACUCCAGCUCUUCGUGUUCCCCCCGAACGCCCCACUGCUGUGACGCCACUCUGGACAGGAGCAGAGAUAUUUACAGGCCUGUCUGUGUGUCUGUUUCAGGUGUGCCAGGUUCAGAUACAGUCGGAGGUGGUCAAGAAAAGGAGCGCUCGUGCAUUUUUAUCCUGAACUCCAGCUGCCCCGCAGGCCCCAGCCGGCCCACGGCGCAGGUCCUUCCCGUCCAAACGGAUAUCGCCGCUCCCGCCGUCGCGUCCUGCUCCUCCCACCUCCCCUUCACUCUCUCCCAUUACCACCCGCAAGGCAGCUACCCUCAAAGCCCGCUCUCGAACCAGGCGCGUGUCCUGUCCUCCCCACGAAAGCCAAGGCCGCCUCCGCUGUGCGCAGAGGACAGGACUAAAGUGGUGGCUUCUGGCCCGCCCGGUACUAGUGCAGGCUUUAGUCCCGGUCCGGGUGCAGGGAAGGGCAUUAGGCUGGAGACCUUGCUCCCCAGGCUCAAACUUAAGGCGGACGCCCCCUCCUCCCUCCAUGAUUCCGAAGGCUGUCUUGGUCUUCCGGGGGCUGCGAUGGGUCUGAUGGUUGAGACCAGUUGCGCUCUGACCUCCACCUCAAACAGCCUCCACCACGUGUCCCAACCUCCUCUUCACUUUCACCUCUCCUCCUCUUCAUCCUCAUCACCAUCCAUAUACUACUCAUACCCACCCGCAUCCUCCUUCUACACUUUUGCCACCUUCUGCCCCUCCACAAAGCCCCUCUCUCAGUCCGCUAGCUCCAGUGGCGGAAGUGUCUUUGUCUCCAUGGCAACCGCAAGCACCGUCCCUAUUGCCGCAGUGCCCGGCAACAUGUACUACCCUCAGCAAUCUAGUGGGGGCCUCCCCUCCGCCUCCUCUGGCACUUCAUUGGAUCCAAGUCAAGGCCACACCCAUUCCAUGUGCGUUUGCAGCUCGUGCGGAUGUCGGGGCAACUGCGGGUCCUACGGCGCCUUGUCCGCAUACGCGCCUGCGUCCGCCUACCUGCAGCCGUUCUCGGCCAGCUCUGUCUUUACUCUGGGCUCUCUGCUCCAUCUUAGCCCCCUCAUGGCCUCGUCCAGUGCCACAGGUACCGGUACCACGCCCUAUUCUUACACAUUGAUGGCACCACCACCCCUGUACUGCCAGAGCUCUGGGUCACAGGACCAGCAAAAAGGUUUUAGCUUCUACCAGCCCCAUGGCAUUGUGGGAAACGGGAUCCAGAAGCGCAUCAUGGGGAACCUUUCUUGUUACAACUGCGGCGGCCACGGGCACAGAGCGGAGGGCUGCAAACAACCACCCAUGGAGUCAUCACAGCAAGGCAACUUUCGACUGAAGUACACUCCCCACUCCGACAAUAAGGACUCUGGGGACUGAGGAAACACAGAUAUAUUUACUCCGGCCACUGUUCAUCCUUCUUCACCUCGACCACCGUUUGUGCAGCUCAAGCUGAAGGCAAAGCUCAGGAAUGCGCAAGUCCCGCUACUCAAGAGCCCCUAUCCAGCCUGUUUUAUAAGUCUCGCUCUUCCAACCCCUGAUUCAGAUGAUCAGCUCAUCUUUGGGUAGGGGCUCUUGAGGACCAUACUUGGGCGCCCCUGGUCCAGCUAGCUAGUCUUUUAGCCGCAGCUCUUAGCAGAGCAGUUGUCAGUGAACAAGUGAAGAAUCAUCGGUGUCCGCAUGUCACAGGAAAUUAAAACCUCUCAAAAGCUGGAAGUGGGCCUGCACGGCAGAAGAGGAAACCCUCAGGUCUUUUUAUAUCAGUAUGGCCAGAGAGCUUUUCAGGACAGAUACUGAUACAUAUUUAUAGACCACCUCAGUGUCUCAAGUAAAUCCCUAUUGGUCCUCAAGUUCGGCCAUCUUUCAAAAAUGAUCAUUUCUGUACUUUUGGCAUUGCCAUGUUUUCAUUUCAAGUUGUUUGCUUCUCCUCUUGUCUUUAUUUGAGUUUUUAACUUUUGAGAGGUUCAAAUGACCGUUAAGUUGUUGUUCUUCUUCUUAUUAUUAUACAGAACUAUGAAUAGAUUUGAUAACAUGGGUUUGAGGGGAAGUUACAUUUUAAAAUUCAAUUGUGUGGUGUUGGUCUUAACAGAACAAGUCUGGAGCACAGGGCACAUUUCUGCAAGCUUGUGUGGGGCAGCUUGUCUCUGGAACAAAACAAAAUGUACAUAUUUUCUGUAUUACGGUUUAUACUGCAUUGUACGAGACAGGUGAAAAUGACAUUUUUCUUUUUUUGAGGUUGCCUUUUUACUAUCAUAGCGUGAAACCUGUUUGUAUCUCCUCUCCAUUCAGUCCUUCGCUCAAGGAAGACCAAGAAGCGCCAAUUUUGUCAGGUCUGCUUUUAAGAUUGUUUUAUUGUUGAUGCAGGUGAAUGACACCACACAACUGUGUGGAAUUUACCCAAGAGAAAGCUCAGGAUUGUUUCCUAUUCAGUGAAACCUAGUUGACUGUAAAGUGUCUGGGCAGGACCUGGAAAAUUAUUAACAUGAGGACGGCUUGUCCUACUCGCUAUCUGGACCCCUGGAGGGUGCGGCACUUGUAUGUGCCAUCUUUAUUUAAAAACCUUUGUUUUUUUUUUUUUUUAAUAUGUUGUGAUCAUUGUGAGUGGGAAAGGGGUUUUGCAAAUUGUUGAAAGCAUGCAUGCUCACGUUUGAAGGUCUUUUUUUAUUUGUUUAGUUGUUGUCUUAAAAUCAGCUGAACGUCUCACUUUCCAGCAUCAAAGGACAAUCCGGUCAAAUCUUUCACAGCAUGCAUGCUGCUUCGUCCUGGUCAGAAGCAUUUUUCAAUGCCAGUAUUUCAAUAACAACAAUAAAAUUGACAAUUGUCGGUGAAGUUCA